AUGGCAGAGGAACAGACCGAGCUGGAGGAGAGGAUCAUCAUCAAGGACCAGCUCACCAAGGAGAUUGACCUGGUGAACAGAGACCCAAAGCGAAUAAACGAGGACGUUGUAAAGGUGGACUUUGAGGAUGUGAUAGCUGAGCCUGUGGGAACAUACAGCUUUGACGGUGUCUGGAAAACCAGCUACACCACCUUCACCGUCAGCAAGUACUGGUGCUACCGGCUGCUCUCUGCCAUCCUGGGCAUCCCACUGGCAGUCAUCUGGGGCUUCCUCUUUGCCCUCAUCUCGUUCUGCCACAUCUGGGCAGUGGUGCCCUGCAUCAAGAGCUACCUGAUAGAGAUCCAGUGCGUCAGCCGAAUCUACUCCCUCUGCAUCCACACCUUCUGCGACCCACUCUUCGAGGCACUCUCCAAGAUCUGCAGCAACGUCAGAGUCACUCUCCGGAAGGAGAUCUAG